AUGUCCAACGACGAAGCUCUGGGCGACCCACCCGCCUCCAUCGACCCCUACGGGGUCCUUGAUAUCAAACAGACGGCAUCGGCAGACGAGGUCAAGAGCGCCUACCGGAAAAAGGCCCUGAAACACCAUCCGGACAAGGCAUCCCCCGAAACUAGAGAUGAGGCCAAGCAGAAAUUCCAAGAAAUCGCAUUCGCCUACGCCAUUCUGUCCGACGACCGCCGCCGCCGCCGCUACGAUCUUACUGGAAACACAUCUGAGUCUCUCGACCUGGAAGAUGACGACUUUGACUGGGCGCAGUUCUACCAGGAGCAGUUCUCGGGGAUGGUCGAUGCCUCGGCCAUAGACAAGAUUAAGAAAGAGUACCAGGGCUCGGAUCAGGAGCGAGAGGAUCUACUGGCCGCCUUUGAGCAGUUUGAAGGCGACUUGGACCGUGUGUACGAGGUCAUCAUGCUCAGCAGCGUGAUUGACGAUGACGAGCGAUUCCGCGCCAUCAUCGACAAGGCGAUUGCGGACGAAGAGGUCCAGGCUUGGAAAAAGUACACAGCAGAAUCCGAGAGCAAACGCAAGAAAAGGCUGAAGCACGCCCAGGAUGAAGCAGCAGAGGCCGAGGAAGCUGCCAAGGAGCUGGAGGAAAGGGGUGCGAAGGGUAAGGGCAAAAAUAAGAAAAAGAAGCCCAGCAAGGAAGAUGACAACGCGCUGGCGGCGUUGAUCCAGCAACGCCAGAAAUCUCGGGCCGCCAACUUUUUCGACGACCUCGAGGCCAAGUACGCACCCAAAGGCAAAGCUAAGAAACGGUCUUCUGCGGAGGAGCCGCCGGAGGAAGCAUUUGCAGCUGUUGGUGCGCGCCAGACUAAAGGCAGUGCGCGUUCCAAGCGUGCCAAAACGUAG